UACCAAAUUUCUAAUUACAUUUUCAGAUAUAAUGGCACCUGACGUAUCAUCUGUGGAAGUGAUAGAACGAGAACCAGAGUUCGAAAAGCUGGUCGCUCCACAAGCAGCACCGAGAAAGUACCAGAUCGUAUAUAGGAAUAUUUUAACAUUUGGCUAUGCACAUCUGACAGCUCUGUACGGAUUUUACUUAGCAUGCACUGAGGCUACUUGGUCAACUAUUAUAUUCAGCUAUAUCCUUUUCGCACUGGCAGCGAUUGGUAUAACAGCAGGCGCACACCGACUCUGGACGCACAGAGCGUACAAAGCCAAGCUGCCAUUACAGAUCAUACUGGUCGUGCUCAACUCGCUGGCCUUUCAGAACACCGCCAUCGACUGGGUUAGGGACCAUAGAUUGCAUCACAGAUACAGUGACACAGACGCGGAUCCUCACAACGCGACACGAGGCUUCUUCUAUUCCCACGUUGGCUGGCUGCUGGUGAGAAAGCAUGAGGAAGUCAAAAGACGCGGCAAGUUUAUUGACAUGAGUGACAUCUAUGCUAACCCGGUGCUUCGCUUCCAGAAAAAAUACGCGAUACCCUUCAUUGGAACAAUUUGUUUCGUCCUACCUACAAUCAUUCCAAUGUACUUCUUCGGCGAGAGUUUAAAGACCGCCUGGUGCAUUGCUGUGUUGCGUUACGUUCUCAACUUGCACAUCGCAUUCUUAGUAAACAGCGCCGCUCAUUUAUGGGGCAACAAACCUUACGAUAGAACCAUCAAACCUGUUCAAAGUCUUCCCGUUUCUUUCGUCGCAUUUGGUGAAGGUUUUCAUAACUAUCACCAUGUAUUCCCCUGGGAUUAUAGAACCGCUGAAUUAGGGAAUAAUUAUCUAAAUUUAACUACUAUUUUCAUUGAUUUCUUUGCAAAGAUUGGCUGGGCUUAUGAUUUGAAAUCUGUCACCGACGAUAUGAUCCAAUCUAGAGCGGAACGAACCGGAGAUGGUACAAACAUGUGGGGCUUCGGUGAUAAGAAAAAUGUUGAAAAUAAAUUUGAAUAAAUAAUAAAUA